AUCAAAUCCAGAAACCAUCGAGCCAUUGCGCGCGCGCAGUGUCGGUGGCAUGUCCAAGGCGGAUAAGGGGAAGGUCGAGAAGAAGGGCCGGUUCACGAUCAUCGACCUCCCGUCCGACGAACCAAGCCCGCUGUCGUCCUUCCGCACCGGUGUGUUGCCUAUGAGUCCGCUCCGGGGUACCUCUUCAGGCGGCAACAGAAGCUUCCGACACAUUGACGACGACGAGGAAGAUAUAGUGGCGCCGGAACUUCCAAGAAAGACGUACGCUUGCCAUGUCGACUGUGUCAUCACACUUCGUGCGCGAAAAUAGGCGCGUGAAGCAGAAAGGUCGCUUUACGAUUAUUGACUUGGACCCGAACACUCCGUCGCCAGAGCGAGGUCUUCGCAGGGGAUUCCGAGACGACGUGACCAUCAGUGAAGCAACAAGUGACGUAACGCAACCGCCGCCGUCGUCCGUGGAGCCGCAAAGGACUGCGAAUCGUCCCGUAGCCACCGAUGUCGAGGAAGGCAAGAAGCUGCAUCCUCCUCUUCGAGCGCCAUCGCCCCCAUCACCCCCUGCCGUUGAUUUAACAGAUGCACCAAACACAACCAACCCGACCAAUCCUCCCGCCAACGCAUCAACCUCCGCCCCGACCAAAGCUCCAGACUUUAAUAGCACUCAUAACCCUGCGUGCUGCAUGUUUCGAAGUCCACUCAUGCAUCCCCAGGCCCCACCAUGCCCACCGCCAUGCAUGGUCCACUUCGAUCCGUCGUCAUUGUGCUCCCUGCCGUCGCCAGCAUCGUUCGUGGCCGUGCCAGUGCAUCAAUAUCGGGACCACCAAGACAUGUUGGCAGCAUUGCUGCAGCAAAACAAAGACAUGCGCAUGCUCAUCCAAACCCUGCAAGCCCAACAAGGGAGGAUUCUCCAAAUCGCCAAAGGCAUGUCGGUCGAGCCAACGACCCCCGACGAUCCACACCGUUAAAAGGCCAUCAUGUACACAAUAGAAGUCGCUGUAUUGCUCACGAAGUUGCUGUGAAAAGUGCAUUGGGCCAUACUCAUGUGUUUGGCACAGCAGCGUCGACGGAUUCUCCCACGAGCAACUGCAUGCGGGGCGAUGCCGGCGUCGGCAUGUCCAAGGGGUAGUCGUCAUGUAAUCGAACGCGGUGCGAGCCCGACGACACAAUUAAGAUCUACUCAUCGACCAUGUUCAG